AGGUCGCAAAGUUGAGAAGGAUGUAAUCGCAUUGUAUAAAAGCAUCACCAAAACCGUUCGAAAUCAUCAUUCGCUUGUGAUCGUUUCUUUUGAUCAGUCCAACCAACACUGGUUUUGUUAGUUCGUCAGUUGCACCAAACAUGAAGGCGUUCGUUGUGUUGUCUAUGGCUUUGGCCGUUGCUUCUUGCGCGGCAGUUGACGAUUCCUCCAGCAAGAAGGACAAACGUGGCCUGUGGGAGCUGAGCGAUGGAUACGAUUCGCAUGGAUUCGAUGACCAUCACCAUGAUGAUCAUCACGAAGUGAAGCAUCUGACCACCACCAUCACAAAAAAGGUCCCGGUCCCGUACCCAGUUGAAGUCGAGAAGCACGUCCCAGUGCAUGUCAAGGUACCGUACCCAGUUGAGGUGGAGAAGAAGGUCCCAGUCUACGUCGAAAAGAAGGUGCCCGUGUAUGUCGAGAAGAAGGUCCCAGUCCAUGUUGAUCGUCCCGUUCCGUACCCAGUCGAAGUGAAGGUUCCAGUUGUGCAGAAGGAAUACGUCGAAGUGCCAAAACCGUACGCAGUUCAUGUUGAGAAGCACGUUCCAGUGUACGUUCAUAAGCCAGUGUAUGUCGAGAAGCAUGUCCCAGUGACCGUUACCAUCAAGAAGCACGAGAAGAAACAUUGGUGGUAAAUGUGUUGGGAAAAUCAAAUUUUUGUUAAACUUUCUAUUAACUAUUGAAAUAAAUCUGU